CACCAGCUGACAUAAAGUUUAUAAAUGGAUUUACACUAAUAAUUCUUUUUUUUCCAGUAAUUUGAUAUACCCGCUGAAUAAUCAGCAAAACAGUGCGCCGUUUAUUUGUCAUUUUACAAAAAUAUAAUUAGUAACUGACGGUGUUUACCUAAAAAAGUCAAUAAACGUGUAAAUAAUGUAACAAUUGGAAAUGGAUCAUGGAUUUCCACACAUUCAUUCUGAAAGGAAAAUUGACAGAAAGGACGACUUUAAAUUGAUUUAGGUGGACUAAUAAUGCUGAAUAGUUUUGUGUUACGUUUUUUACUUUCCUCUGCAGUUCUUGGAUACACUUUCACACAAGAAUGCACAUCUGGAACAGCUGAUGUGGUCUUUGUCGUGGAUGAUUCAUCGUCAGUACAGAGAACUAAUUAUAAUCUUGUACUCGACUUCGUCGCCGGAAUCGUUGGCACCCUGACAGUUGGUCCCGACGCCGUCCAGGUCAGCUUUCUUAGUUUCUCCGGCACCGUAAGGAACCAGUUCUAUCUGAAUGCUUACUCGACUACGGAUGCUGUAGUGAAGGAAAUAACAUCUAUAAGAUUUCGUGGUGGUAGCACAAACAUACAGAAGGCGCUACAAUACGCACACGACAACAAUUUUGCUGCUACACGUGGGGCACGAGAGAAUGUGGAAAAAGUGUUGUUCUUAAUUGCAGACGGGGAAUCAUCUGGAGUUGAAACUGUAUCUCAGGAGAUACGCGAUGAUGGAAUAAAGAUACUGUGUCUCGGUAUUACGGAUGAAGUGAGCCGUGAGUUCCUCGAGACGAUAGCUGGUGAUUCUUUGAAUGUGUAUUAUGUAGACGACUUCAGCGAUCUUGCCGGAAUACAAGAUGAAAUGGCGGUGGUAUUAUGUGAAGCAACAAAUGAACCGGUUGCUGAACCAUGCGACAGUCAACCAUGUUUAAACAACGGCGACUGUACUUCAAACGGCACGGACUUCUCGUGCGCAUGUACAUCGUCAUACACUGGAACCACCUGUGACGUUGAUGUAGACGAGUGCAGCCUGGGCAUAGAUUCGUGUGACCAGAACUGUACAAACACAGAUGGAGGCUACAACUGUACAUGUGGACAGGGAUAUAUGUUGAACCUCGAUCUGCAAACAUGUGAUGACAUCGAUGAAUGUAUAGGAGACACUCAUAAUUGCUCACAGAACUGUUUUAACACAGCUGGUAGUUUUCAGUGUGUUUGUAACACUGGAUAUCGCCUGAAUGAGGACGGCAAGACAUGUGACGAAAUACCGGACGUUGACGAAUGCGCUCUAGACAUUGCGAAUUGUAGUGAUAUAUGUAACAAUACGCAUGGAAGCUAUUUCUGCUCCUGUUUUACUGGAUAUAAAAUUGGGAGUGACGGACUCACAUGUGAAGAUGCCGACGAAUGUCAACAAAAUCUUGACGGUUGCUCCCAAGAAUGUAACAAUACUGUGGGAAGUUUUGAGUGUUAUUGCCGUCACGGAUACACUCUACAGGCAGACGGUAUAAACUGUACAGAUAUAGAUGAGUGUUCAUUAGAUCUAGCCGAGUGUUCACACUAUUGUACAAAUACUGAUGGUGGAUAUACAUGCUCUUGUGUUCAAGGCUAUACACUCGACUCUGACGGACACACUUGUAUUGAUGCGGAUGAAUGUACAAGUCUUACGCACGACUGCAGUCAAGUCUGCAACAACACGAUUGGCAGUUUUACAUGUGACUGUUUUGAUGGAUACAGUCAAAAUUCGGACGGAAAAUCAUGUGAUGAUAUUGAUGAAUGUACUGCGGCACUAGAUGACUGCGAGCAGAACUGUACAAAUGCCAUUGGCGGCUUCUCCUGUCUUUGUCACGGAGGAUUUCAACUAAACGAAAAUAAUAAAACUUGUGACGAUGUGGACGAAUGUACUGACUCUACACACGACUGUCCUCAGCUCUGUAACAACACUGUUGGUAGUUUUACAUGUUACUGUAACGGAGGUUACAAUCUCCAUACGGACGGCAAAACAUGCAAUGAUAUUGAUGAAUGCGCUGUGGACCUAGAUGACUGCGAGCAGAACUGUACGAAUACCGUAGGCGGUUUUUCCUGUCUUUGCCGCGAAGGAUUUCAACUAAACGAAAAUAAUAAAACUUGUGAUGAUGUGGACGAAUGUACUGACUCUACACACGACUGUCCUCAGCUCUGUAACAACACUGUUGGUAGUUUUGUAUGUUACUGUAACGGAGGGUACAUUCUCCAUACGGACGGCAAAACAUGCAAUGAUCUUGACGAGUGUGGUAUUGAAGUAGACGGCUGUGAACAGAUAUGUAAUAACACAGCAGGUUACUAUGAGUGCUCCUGCUCUGAAGGCUAUAUGCUGGCCGCGGACAAUCAAACAUGUAAUGAUGUCAACGAAUGUUUAGAGCAAACGGAUGAAUGCGACCAAUUGUGUUCAAAUACCGAAGGGAGCUACACGUGCUCUUGUAACAAUGGAUACUCUUUACAAACAGACAGCAAAACUUGUGAAGAUCUGGACGAGUGUUCGCUAGGUACAGACAGUUGUGAACAGAAUUGUACCAACGUACCAGGAAGUUAUAACUGCAGCUGUAAUACGGGCUACACAUUAAAUACAGACGGGUUCUCUUGUGAUGACGUAGACGAGUGUUUAACAGAAGACAAUGGGUGUGAGCAAAAUUGUUCCAACCAAGUCGGCAACUAUGUGUGUGUCUGUUUGAAAGGUUACAGUCUUCAGAGUGAUGGAAGGAGUUGUGAAGAUAUAAACGAAUGUAAUCUUGGAACGGACGGCUGUGAACACACGUGCACGAACAAUAUUGGUAGUUACAGUUGUAGUUGCGACACGGGAUACGCACUGAACAUAGGUGGACGGUCAUGUGAUGAUAUAAAUGAGUGUGCAAUACACCAAGACAAUUGUUCACAGAUCUGCACGAAUACGAUAGGCAAUUUCACGUGCUCGUGUGAAGAUGGUUUCAGACUGGAUGAUGACCAGAUAUCAUGUUAUGAUAUCAACGAGUGUACAGAGAACUUAAACAAUUGUUCCCAGUUUUGUGAAAAUACAGCGGGUAGCUUCUUUUGCUCGUGCAAUCCUGGGUAUUACUUAAAUUUGUUUGACAACGAAACUUGCGAAGAUCUUGACGAGUGUGGUAUUGAAGUAGACGGCUGUGGACAGAUAUGUAAUAACACAGCAGGUUACUAUGAGUGCUCCUGCUCUGAGGGCUAUAUGCUGGCCGCGGACAAUCAAACAUGUAAUGACGUGGACGAAUGUAAUAAUGGUACCAGUGGAUGUAGUCAGAUCUGCAACAACAAUGAAGGGUCGUACGAAUGUCUGUGUCAGAGUGGAUAUACGUUAAAUGAUGACAACAAAAGUUGUGAUGAUAUAGACGAGUGUGAUGAAGGUACUCACGACUGUGCCCAACUGUGUGCCAACAGUGUUGGAGGUUUCUCCUGUGGGUGUAAGGCUGGAUACAGUUUACAUAGCGAUGAUAAAAGUUGUGAUGACAAUGACGAGUGUGAGCUUGACAUUGACGGCUGUGAGCAAGUCUGUAACAAUGAGAAUGGAACGUUUUCUUGUUCCUGCAACACAGGAUUUUACCUCACCAAUCUGAAGAAUUGCACAAAUAGGGAUGACUGUAUUGGUGUUUUGUGUAGCGGUCACGGUCAGUGUGAAGAUGGUAUCAAUGAAUAUAGUUGUGACUGUUACCUUGGUUACACUGGUCCAGUCUGCGAAACAAACAUUGAUGAGUGCUCCUCAAGCCCCUGUUUGAAUGAGGGUGAGUGUAUUGAUAUGGUAGGAAAAUUUGAAUGCACUUGCGCAGCAGGAUACACAGGUGACACAUGUGAAACCGAUAUAGAUGAAUGUGAAAGCGGUCCGUGUUUUAACAAUGGCACCUGUACAAAUAAGGUAAACUCUUAUACAUGUGACUGCACCGACACAGGCUAUGAAGGCGACUACUGUGAGAUAGCUAUAACGGAUUCUAACUAUGACAAGGUGAUAUUGGGAGUGUCGAUAGGCGUUGGUGGUCUUGUUUUGUUGCUGAUCUCAUUCCUGGUUAUAGCAAUUAUUCGAAGAAGAUCAUCUGAAGAAAAAGAGAUGGAUCUAACAAAUCCUCCUGAGAAAGCUCCGAGUUCCGUCGUUGCAGGCGAUGAUGUGGUAGACAGUGGCCAAGUUAUUGUGGAAACUUGGACUAGACUAUGAUAAAAUGUUGGGCAAAAUAGUGCUGUUAUUCUUGAUAUCACCAGUAUAAAUAAAGACGGUACAAGUGAAAAAUAGCGGCCAGAAAAUGAAUUCCUCAGCUAAUAUGUGAGCCACCUCAUGAAUCGUUCAUGUAUUAAAUAGAGAAUACGUCGACUGAGAUCGCACAUGGGAUUACUAAAUUUCACUUGAUAUUGUAUGCAGAUAUUCAUUGUUUAAGAACGGAGUUUUUUUGAACAAUUGUAAAGGUUGGCAAUUUAGUAAAUUAUUCAUUUCUUGCCUGAUUAUAUUGCCAGUGUGUUGAUUUAAGGUAUCUUUGCAUGUGAUUUUAUGCAUUCACCGAAUAUAUCCUGAGGUUAAAUGCCAUCAUAAAUAAAUGAAAGCUAAAAAAGACAAAGGCAUCGCAUAUUUUCAUUCACCGUGGGUGUAUCCAAUGCAACUGCUGAAUUAAAAUGCAGUGUAUCUGGUAUAUGCUGGCGAUAUUAUCUACUAUAUUAUGUUGAUGCACACAUUAAAGAAUUAUUGUUGGAAUUUAUAAUGUUACUGUAUCACAAUAAAACCACAAAGUGAUAAAAAAGAUACGCGAUAAUGUUUUUUUUUAAAACUUGGCAUCACAUCUACAUAAGCGGAUUGAAUUCCAUACUGAUAUCGUUUUUUUUUUUUUUUUUUGCUAUCUUUAGAGAUUUAUUAAAUUGAAAUGUACAUAAAUCAAACUAAAAUUAUGUAACAAUGCAGGAAUUAACCAGAAAAUCGGACACCAAACAAAAAAGUGCAAAGCAUAAAUGAAAAAGUAGCCAUUCUGAGCACUGAACACUGUGAUUUGAUCGGCCUGUCCUUAUGCCUAAUUUUCGGUACACGGUAAUGCUUACAGUGUUGUUUCAGAAUGAGUGUUUUUGAAAUCUUUAUAUCGUCAACAUUUCUUUCCAAUCAGUAUUACUUAAAUGUCUAAGGAAGUCGUAUUUGACUACAUAUCUUUAGAAUUGUUGAGCCGGUUCCUCGGUGGUGCCUGUAACUCCCGAAAAUGGAUGAUCAUUAGCACUUGGUGUUUAGCUCAAAUACAAGUCUUUAGUUUAAGAAGGUGUGUCCACGUAUCAGCGUGUAUCUUAAUUAAGAGGCACGCAAUGGCAUUUCUUCAGUUGUAUUUGCAGAAACCUGACAUGUAUGUGUCAAAACAUGUGUAACAUGUUUUAUGUGAUGUUCGAAACCGGUUUUUGUAGUUAGUUUCGGCCGUACCUUUUACUUUGAGUCAGUUGUGUUGUGCUAUUAUUUCUUGGUCUUUGACAUCGUUUUAUUUCAUGUACUAUGGUAAAGAUAAAUGAUUUAUAUAUGUGUUUCAGUAUUAAUUUGCACUUCAUCAUUUGUGUACUUAACUUAUCAUAACUAUAUUGUUUGUGUUCGUAUUAAUCUCAGUGCCUGCUGAAAUUGUUCUUAGUUUUAGCUCACCUUUCACGUUGUGACAGGAUGGGCUUUUGUGAUCGCCCUUCGUCCGUCGUCCAUCCGUCCACAAUUCCUUGCGAAACACAGAGACCACAUUUUGAAAUCAGUUUUGAUCAAACUUGCACACAACUUGUACUGGCAUAAUAUCUCGGUUCCUUUCGAAAACGGGCCAGAUCCCAUCAUGGGUUCCAGGGUUAUGGCCUCUUAAAGGGCCAAAUUUUGCAAGUUUUGAUUGUGAACACGAUAGAGACUACAUUUUGCGAUAAACUUUAAUCAAACUUGCAUACAACUUGUACAACUUUUAUUGGCAUAUCACGAUUCGCUUCGACAACUAGCCAGAUCUCAUCAUGGGUUCCAGAGUUAUGGCCCUUAAAGGGCCAAAAUUGCUAUUUGUGCUUUUGCAGCCAUAUAGAGACUUCGUUUAUAGUUUGAUCUGAUACAAACUUGCAAGUUCAAAACAGGGUCGUGUGCGGUCUAAAACUAGAUCAUCAGGUCAAAUGUAAAGAAAACUUGUUAACACUCUUGAGGCCUCAUAUGUGACCCUAUCUUCAUGAAACUUGUUUAGAUUGUUUGUCUUCUUGAUUCCUGGAUAAUCUUUAGGCCAAGUUCGAAACUGGGUCAUGUGGGGUCAAAAACUAGGUCACUAGGCCAGUUUAAAGGAAAAUCUUGUUAAAACAUUAAAAACCACAUUUUAAAUUUGAAACUCAUGAGAAUUGGUCAGAAUGUUUGUCUUGAUGACCUCUAGGUCAAGUUUGAAUUUGGAUCAUAUGGGGUCAGAAACUAGGUCACCCGGUCAAACUAAACUCAGGGGAGCGAUAUAGGGUCAUCAUUGCCCUCUUGUUUUUAAGCACACACUGUUCUUUACUACCAUGGCACUCUCGCAGACCUUAAUACCGUUAACAUGUUAAAUAACUCAUCGUGACAUGUCAUCCCGUCAUCAUGGAGCCUUCGCAGACCGAAUGUAACAUAUAGACUUCUUUAAAGAAAUCCUUUUCUUGACUAUAUUUUUGGAUGGAAAACAUUAAAAUACAUACAAAUGUCAGUUCAUCAUUCAACAGAAAUUGUUACUAACCGGAUAAAUCACGAUGUUGUUAACAAAAACAAAAUGUUAGAGGAGGCUUUCAGAUAUUAAGCUUUAAUAUUCAGCUUAGAAUUUGUAAUAAUUAUAUUGUUUCUAUUACGUAAUUGAUCAAUAUAGAAAAUUUGAUCAAGAUAGUAUUUUUCCAAAUCGGUAAAGGUUUUAUAUGUCACAUGCUCAAUUUGUUAUUUACUUUAUAUGUAUAUGUACCGUGUGUAAAUUAAGUAGACAAAUAUAUUUGCAAUAUAUAUAUACUGA